CCCAGCAGGUAUGAUCGCGUUAACGUUGCUCUUUGGGCUGUGCGCCCUGUUGAUACGGUUUGUUGCAUUCCGGUAUAAAAUGUACCGUGCCGUAGUACGUAUUCCUGGGCCUCCGGUGAAUUUUUUAUUCGGCAACGUACUGGAAUUGGCCAAAUACGACACGCAGUUGCUUUUUGAGAAAUUUAUUGAAUAUUUCCACCGCUAUGGAAAGACCAUCCGGCUCGACUUGUUCAACAAAUGUUGGAUCAUUUUUUCCUCCGCAAACGACGUCGAGAGCAUCAUAUCUUCCAACGAGUUCAACCGUAAAUCAUUGGAUUACAAUAUACUGCAAGAAUGGCUCGGCAAUGGCAUCCUGCUAGACCACGGGAACAGCUGGUUCACCAACAGACGGGCGUUAACAGGUGCAUUCCAUUUCAAGAUCCUGGACAGUUACGUGCCCAUAUUUGACGAGCAGGCGGAUGUGCUGGUGCGCAAGCUGCACAGCUUUAAGGAUGCACCGGUGGAUGUGUUUUCCCUUGCGAAGCUUUACACCUUGGACGUAAUACUGGAAACGUCGAUGGGCGUUCGCUGUAAUGCCCAGUUGGAAGAUUCCGCUUAUGUUCGGGCGGUUUCCAACCUUUCAGGUAUCACGUUCUGGAGAAUGUACAAUAUUAUGGGCUUCUCGGAUUGGAGCUUUCGAUUGACGAAACACUACAAAACGUACAAGGAGUCAUUGAGAAUCAACCACGAGUUUACAACAUCGGUGAUCAAACAACGGCGGGCAGAGCUAUUGGCGUCAUCUGACACUACAUCUGACGAUACAAAUUCGGAAAAAAGACGGCUCUCGCUGCUGGACAUCCUGCUGCGGUCCGACAUCACCGGUCGUCAGUUCGACGACCAGGAGGUUUAUAGUCAAGUGAACAAUUUUAUGUUUGCGGGUCAUGAUACAACGUCGAGCGCGAUCACGUUUAUUCUGUACGCGUGUGCAAAGAAUGGCGGAGUGCAGAAGCGCAUGCUGGAGGAAAUAAUGGACGUGAUACCGGACGAUCAACCGAUUAGUCAACAGCACAUCACUAAGCUCAAGUAUAUGGAUCAGGUGAUCAAGGAGUCAUUUAGAAUGUACUCCCCAGUUCCGUACUACUCGCGGCACAUCGAUCGCGACACUACCAUCAACGGAGUCCCGGUGCAGAAAGGUUGGACCAUCGUCUUCGGUGCUUACAUGAUGCAUCACAAUCCGGAGUACUUCCCGGAGCCGGAUCAAUUUCGACCGGAACGGUUCGAUGAAUCCGAGGAGAAUCGAAACCCGUUCGUCUACAUUCCUUUCAGCGCUGGCAGCCGAAAUUGUAUCGGACAAAAAUUUGCUAUGAACGAGCUUAAAACGGUUCUUUCGAAAAUUAUUCGCAAUUUCAAGGUUAUGCUUCCCGAGCAUGGAUAUGCACCGAAAAUGAAGAUGGACCUGGUCCUGAAGCCGGUCAACGGAAUGAAUCUUUGUUUCUUUUAUCGUCGAUGAGGAUUGGCACAAAUAGUAUAGAUGGCACUGCGUUCAAGUAAUUGUUUACGAAAGAAAUUAGACUUCACAAACUACGUAACAUUGUUACUAGUAUUAUUGGCAUAACCAAUUCUGGUUUAUUACUUACCCAAGACUACUAAAACCAAAUGUAAAACGUUAAGUAAUACAUUCCU